AACCAUUUGAUGGAAAACUUGAAAGCACUUCACUCAAUUCAAAGGUUUAAUGUAGAUCAAAGCUAUGUGCAAUACUGUCCAUGAUUCUUCACAGAAAUAAUGCUUAAAAGGAAUUCAUAAAAACUGAGAGAGAACAUCGAGUAUAAUAAAAACCCAGAUGAGAUGACAUUUUUCCUGGUAAGGAAACAGGUUUUGGAGUUUCUGGCUCUCCCUAAAACUCCACGGUUUCAUCUGAAAAUACGUGAGUCAGUUCCUGUGAGGGGUAGUAACAUCUACUAAUGAUUGUUUCACUUCCCUGCCAUUAACAGAGGAAACUUCCUUGACUCCCAGAUACUUAGGGAGGAAAGUAAAGGCCAAACACAUGAAAACCACAGCAAAUUUCUCCAAAGCCUGACUUAAUUGGCUUUCUUUCACUACUCUAAGAACUCUGAUCAUAAGCCAUAACACGACACACAGAACCUGCAAUUAGGUUACUCAAGGUAAUAAGUGCUGCUAACAAUUGGCACUUAAUAAGACUAUUUUCAAAAUACUUUAAUUAGUAUGUUUUGAAAACUAAUCCAGAAAGGAAGAUAGGUGAUGCUUCUCCAACAUCUGGUGACCCAGAAAACCCAAGGUGCAGGGAUUGCUAGAGAGGUGUCAAAAGCUCUCUUCACCACUGAGUACUAUGAACACGUGUAGCCUACCACUCCCUCUCCUAAGUCUUGGGAGAGAUGUCAAGAAAAAGCAAAAAGAAAUGCAUCUUUUGUUGUUUUCUUACUGGGUUUCUUUCAAUUCUUUGGGGGAACCACGAUCUUCUUGCCUUAGGAGUUUUUAAACUUUACCAGCCUUCAGUUUCCCAUGGAAAAAAAUAAAUAAAUAAAUAAAAGAGAUGUCUCAGAAAACUGUUCCUGCUCCCUAGCCUCUCCUUAAUUAACCACAGGAGCUGGGCUGGGAAUCUCUGUUGGAUCUUGAUGGUUCUUUACAGCACUCAUCAUUCAUUCCGGUUUAUUAAUGUCUGUUUUCCUCCAAUGGACUAACCUGCAUGGGGCAGUUACCAUAUCCGUGUUAUUUACUGCUGGUUUCUCACCUCCUAGAAAGAUGACAACAGCAACACGACAAGAAGUCCUUGGCCUCUACCGCACCAUUUUCAGGCUCGCACGGAAAUGGCAGGCGGCAUCAGGGCAGAUGGAAGACACCAUCAAAGAAAAACAGUACAUACUACAUGAAGCCAGAACGCUGUUUCAGAAAAACAGAAAUCUCACAGACCCAGACCUGAUUAAACAGUGUAUAGAUGAAUGCACAGCCAGGAUUGAAAUUGGACUGCAUUACCAGAUUCCUUAUCCCAGGCCAAUUCAUCUGCCUCCAAUGGGUCUCACCCCACUACGAGGUCGGAGACUUCGAACCCAGGAGAAACUGAGGAAACUUUCCAAACCAGUAUAUCUCAAGUCUCAUGAUGAAGUUUCCUAAUAUGGAAGAAAGUUUAUUUGGGGUAACAAUGAGCCAACUUGGUUUUGAAUGUAAACCAGGUAACAUACCCUUCUUCUUGAUGAGGGGCAAAAAUAUUUUCUUCCGACUUCUAGAAUUGGUCCUUACCCAUAACACACGUCUGCAAACAUCCUGAGAGUUUGUCAGGGUCUUGCUGCCUGAACCAAUGACAUUACCCCUAAAGACUGUGGACUUAGACCUUCACUGAAGUCACCUUUGGAAACAAGGUGUGUGUAAGGAAGACUGGGCAUUAAAGCCUUUUGUUGGACCGCCAUUUACCACACAUCAGCUGACACAAAGAAAUUAGCUGGUUGCUAGAAGUUCAUGUAGCUACAAUAUUAUGUGCUGCGCUCAAAAUACUUUCUGGAGGAUUUUUCACGUGUUACUGAUUUGCUUUAAAGUGGGUUUCUGUAUAUCCUUUUUUGUGGUCUUUUGAACCUUGUACUUUCCAAAUAUUCCUUAUAAAGUGCAUCUUUUGUUUUGGGGCAGGGGGUUGGGGUUUUUUGUCUGUUUGUUUUUAAGACCAGGUCUCCCUGUAGCCACAGCUGGCCUGGAACUCACUGUAGACCAGCUGGCCUCUAUCUCACAGAGAUCUGCCUUUCCUUCCCAAGUGCUGGGAUUAAAGGUCUACGCCACUACACCCUGUCUAUAAAGUACAUCUUUUGUUUUGUUUAUAGGUCUUGGGGAUUUGUUAGUUUUAUUGGGUGGGGCCUUGUUUUGAGACAUAAUUUUCUCUGUAGCACUGACUGACCUGGAACUUGCAUUGAUCCUUCUGCCUCAGCCUCUAAAGUACUUGGAUUAUAGGCAUGAGCUACCACACCCAGCUGAUCCCAUGUUAAUUUUUCUUAUGGAAAUAUUAUAUGACACUCUUCUUCCUAUGGAUACAUGGAUAAAUACAUGGAAAUACAUGCCUUAGUUAAAUGUAUAUGUUUGUUUACCUUAUAUUAAAGCCUGUGAUUACAUAAGAUGCACUUAGGAACCAAAAAGCUCCCUUGAAAUUUAUACUGCAUUCUUUGUGUUUUGCCCAAUUUAAAAGUACAAGGUCUGAGCUGGCUCCAAGUUAUAUCCAAACAGAAAAGGAACAAAGAGCGUAUUGGUGUCAGGUGAGAGUUGACAGCAUUUGUCCACACAGUGUUGUUGUCUCUUAACUCCAAAGAGAAUGGUUAUCAUUAAUAAAGAGAAAUCCCUACCAA